CGGAAACAAUGGCCCGCCACGAUACAAGAAAGGACUUUCCUGGAAUCAUUUUAGUAUGAACUCAAGGACACGGGAAUAUCUUACAGCUCGAGUAGCUUUUUCGUACUUUUUCCACUCCACAACGUUGAUUGAGAACCACCGGAUAUGCACUACAUUGCUUCAGAGAAAAGUGGUAAGAUCUGGUGUCCUUGGAAGAACAUCUUUGACUUCUCGAGAUUCGUGCCAGCAGACGGUCAGAAUCUCAAACAGUAGCGAUCCCAAAGUGCUAAAGACAUGGCAAACCUUGUAUAAAUUAUAGGCGGAGACCUCCACAGACGAUGUCAAGUAGCCAUGAAGUUCGAGUCCAGGCAGCACGAUAUCAUCAAGCCAAAGCUUCCUUCUCCAGCACGGGAGCCGAUAGCUCUGUGUGUCCUCGAUCAAAUCUCAGCUCGCAACUACAUAACGUUUGUCUUGCUGUUUGCACCACCUCAGGAUCAGCCACUGUCCUCGGAAAGUCUCAAGAAAUCCCUGUCCGGAGCACUGUCCGUGUGUUAUCCUUUGGCAGGCCGCUAUCGACUCCUCCCCGGCGACAAAGGCCUCGAGCUGGAAUGCAACGAUCGUGGAGUUGACUUCUUCGAGGCAUCUAUGGAUGAAAAGCUGGAGAGCUUUGAGGAGUCACGCUGCAAUGCCCUGUGUCCCUGUGGCGAGUUUCCAGCCGAAGAUGUCACGGAAGUUCCUCUACUGCUCGUCCAGUUGACAAGAUUUAAAUGCGGAGGCUGGAGCUUGGGCGUAGCGAUGCAUCACAGUGUUGGAGAUGGAGCUGCCAUGGACCUGUUCAUGAAGACGUGGUCUCACUUCGCUUCAGGAGGCCAUGAUCUCGUUCACCCUCCCUGUUUCGAUCGUUCCUUCUUCAACUCCAGCAAGACCUCGCCGGCUCUAGAGUAUGACCAGGAUUAUACUUCUCUUUUCAAGACCUCUGCCAAGAUCAAGCCUUGCAUGUUUCGCUUCACCAGCAGCCAGAUGCAAGUUUUGAAGGACCAAUGCGAUGGAAACUACACCCGCUUCGAAGUCUUGGCAGCUCACAUCUGGAAAUACAGCACCAAGCUUCGCAAAAAAGCGUGGAAGGAAGCCAAGCUUGUCAUACCUGUGGAUGGAAGGACUCGACUUCCAGGUCUUCCCAAGGAGUACUUUGGAAACGCGACUUUCUCCGCUCAAGCCAUCGCUCAAGCUGACGAGCUGGUGGCAAAACCACUGUCUUUUGCCACAAAGAUUGUCCACGACGCCAUCCAGAACGUAUCAGGCGAUUACAUCGGCGGGUUCUUGGAUUGGAUCCAGCAGCAGCACAACGUCGACAUGAUUCCAUCACUGUGGUCGGAACCAAUCGUGCUUACCAGCUGGGCUCGAUUUUCUCUGUACGAGCUGGAAUUUGGAUGCGGGAAGCCUGUGCUUGUCACCAGCCCUGGAGUGAGAUUGGCCGAUACCGUCGUCUUUCUCCCGUGGUCGAGAGAUGGAACCAUGACCGUUGUCAUCCAGCUUCGUGAGGAGGAGAGGGAGAAUUUGCUUGCCAGCCCCGAGUUCCUGGUUACUCCUUGAAUCAUCUGUGGAUUAAAUAUAAAUAACGUGAGCAGUGUGAUAGAACAAUGCCGGGAUCUCGUCCUAUCCUCCACAGACAUUAACGAUCAAGAAGCUCAUACGCUCUAUCUAUCCCAGUGAUGAAGCUCCGGCAAGAUUCACAUGAAAGGAUCCAAGAAACGCGAGAAAUCCUACGAAAUACAGCCCUCGCCAGGCGAUCCAGAGCUACCAAUCAGGAGAAUGCCAGGAAAUCACAGCGCUCACCUCGCGAUUCCGAAAUAGCCGA